GAGAACGGGAGAGAGUUGGGAGAAACGGAAUAAAUAAUAAUAAUAAUAAUAAUAAUAAUAAAGUGCUAGUUCUACACCAGCCCGCUACUUGAUAGAGGGGUUCUUCCCUGAAACUUUGCAAGAUGACUGCCCUGACUGGCCCCAAAGCGACCAACAAAUACUGCACCCAAAACAUUCAGUUUUGUUCAUUUGUUCCAACUUUUGUUGUAGGGUAUUGUAUUACUUUAGACUUGUUUCCCAUUCAAACUGUCCAUUUGAAAUUGCAAUGGAAUAUCAAAAUGUUAUGAUUUGCCAGUGUUGUAACCCAGGGCUCCAGACUGCGACUAAAAUGGUCGCAAAUGCAAUUAAUUUUAUUUUUUGUUACUGUCUUUUUGGGUUAGGCACCAUUGGCACUUGUAACACAAAAAUACUGCCUCUCGCUAGCUUUUAAAGUGUCAGAAGUGUCAUUCUGUUUCUUUGCCUUACUGGGCCAAAAUACUUUGCAGUACUGCUUGUUAACACAAAUCAUUGGAUAGGGGAGGGGUUGAAUUUUACUGCUUGCUUGUUUUUUUUUUUUUUUCCUGUGACGUCACUGAGACAGGAUUUAAUUUUCGACGGGCAGAGACAUUUUCAGCAAGCACGCAGAAACAAAACAUGACACAAGAACUUGUUUAGUGGAAGUCAUGCUUGUGCUGUCAAUGAGGACAGGUGCAGUGUCAGAACAGCAGAUCACAUGGAGGACAGGCGCAGUGUCAGAACAGCAGAUCACAUGGAGGACAGGCGCAGUGUCAGAACAGCAGAUCACAUGGAGGACAGGCGCAGUGUCAGAACAGCAGAUCACAUGGAGUACAGGCGCAGCGUCAGAACAGCAGAUCACAUGGAGGACAGGCGCAGCGUCAGAACAGCAGAUCACAUGGAGGACAGGCGCAGUGUCAGAACAGCAGAUCACAUGGAGGACAGGCGCAGUGUCAGAACAGCAGAUCACAUGGAGGACAGGCGCAGUGUCAGAACAGCAGAUCACAUGGAGGACAGGCGCAGUGUCAGAACAGCAGAUCACAUGGAGGACAGGCGCAGCGUCAGAACAGCAGAUCACAUGGAGGACAGGCGCAGCGUCAGAACAGCAGAUCACAUGGAGGACAGGCGCAGUGUCAGAACAGCAGAUCACAUGGAGGACAGGCGCAGUGUCAGAACUGCAGAUCACAUGGAGGACAGGCGCAGCGUCAGAACAGCAGAUCACAUGGAGUACAGGCGCAGCGUCAGAACAGCAGGUCACAUGGAGGACAGGUGCAGUGUCAGAACAGCAGAUCACAUGGAGGACAGGCGCAGUGUCAGAACAGCAGAUCACAUGGAGGACAGUCGCAGCGUCAGAACAGCAGAUCACAUGGAGGACAGGUGCAGUGUCAGAAGAGCAGAUCACAUGGAAGACAGGCAAGGCAGAGCAAGUCAGGGAGCAUAGAUGAACAAUGAGACAGAAAACCAGUUACAAGCAUUACAUUUCUGUUUUUGUAUCAUUUUAGUGUUCUUGUAUUUUAAGCAGUUGAAUAUGGAAGCAAUCAACUUGCUCUUAAAGUGGCGCCCACAAUUGGAUUUGGCGCCCAGUAUUUUUGGCCUGGGAGUCAUUGGCUCCUAAGGCAAAAUGUUUGUCUGGAGCCCUGUAACCUAUACUGCCAGUGCAUCAGGGGCAACUGGCAGGCAAACGCCCGGCUCAAUCCAAUCACACUGGCUCUCCCCAUU